AUGUCCAAGAACUCAUUUUUCACGCAUUGCGCAGCCGCGCUAUUCUUGCGGACGACCACAGUCUUCAGUGCACAACAGGACCAGAAGUGCAACUUUCUUGCUGAAGCUGCGGUGGCUACUACACCAGAAACAAGCAAUCCACCGAGUCCGACAGGAACUUCCGUCCCGCGCACACCCUCUACUGCCACCUCGGCGCUCCUGGGUACCACGGCGAGCAGGAGCAAACCCCGUCGCCACCAAUCCUUCCCUCGAACUGCAGCGAGGAGGUUAACGGCGCUGAAUUUGAGUCCGAUCACGAAUGGCGAGCACGAAGAAAAAGGCCUCGGCUGGGUGGAUCGCGGGGUAUUGCACGGUACCAGGCAGGACGAGGACGGGGGGCAUCAGGAUGGUCAACAUCUUCAAACGGGUGUCAGGCUGGACACGAGAGGAGAAUUCUUUGCGGCCGCGAAUCAUUUUCCUGAAAAAGAAGACGAAGACACCGACUUUGAUGUCCAGGCAGCUGCGGAGGUCGUGGGACGCAGAUCUUUCACGGAUCACGACGAGCUGCGAGAAGGUGAUUCAAAUGCACCUCCGCAAGGUCUUUCCGGCAGCCUGAAUAAUGCGUCUCGGGUCCGAUUGUUGAAACGGAUGCAGCGAUCGCGAGGAAACGCGGCUCCGGCGCAAGGAGAUGAAGUGCGUCAAGGCUUGCGAAAUUUCUGGCCGGGAGGUGGAGAAAUUGCGAAUGCCAAAUCAUCCUCGUCGUCGUCCGUCGGAGAACAUCAUGAACCGGAGUACAAACCGGGACGACCGUCGAGUCUCUGCGUGGAGGAGAUUUUUGAAGACGCUUUCGAGGAGCCGGAGGAGCGCAAUGGCACUACUGCCGCCACCACAUCAAUCCUCGGAGUCAUCGAAGACUCGUACCGCCCACGGCUCCGCCCCCCGCCGACCUAUGACAUGUUUGAGGCUGACUGCACCGCCGAUGAGUACCUGGCCCGGCACUUGCGUGUUCUGGAAAACGAAACCCCGACUCAUCUCAGUCCGCCCCGGAGUUUCCCCGGCAGAAUCGAACCGCCGCGAACUUUUGAUGGGUUUCGAGAACACGUUACGCAAGAUGACUACUUGCAGCGGUGUCUGCAGCAGGUGCCUGCGGG